CAGGUGCAAGGGGCAUGUGGGGGUACUUGUGCUUCCUGUGUCGCCCUCCGGGGCCUGAGGCCCAGACCCAGGAGGCCCAAGGAGCUGGAGGUGACUCUGAGGCAGCAAGACCCCAGAGGAAGGGUUCAAGUCCCGCAGACAACUAUUCAGCACCCCAGGCUGGGCUCCUGUUAGGAGGUGGUGCCUGCGCCCAGGCAGCGGCUCAGAGGCAGCUGCUCCAUGCAGAAUUGAAGUUGGUCCUGCAGCAGAAGGGAGAGAGAAAGCAGGAGCCUGGUGCCCAGGGGACUCCCAGCAGCACCAUGGAGGUCAGGAGCCGGAGCGCCGAGGAGCUGAGGAGGGCGGAGUUGGUGGAGAUCAUCGUGGAGACGGAGGCGCAGACUGGGGUCAGUGGUAUCAACGUAGCUGGUGGCGGAAAGGAAGGAAUCUACAUUCGUGAACUGCGGGAGGACUCGCCAGCUGCUAGGAGCCUCAGCCUGCAGGAAGGGGACCAGCUGCUCAGCGCCCGCGUGUUCUUUGAGAACUUCAAGUACGAGGACGCAUUACGUCUGCUGCAAUGCGCCGAGCCUUACAAGGUCUCCUUCUGUCUGAAGCGCACUGUGCCCACCGGGGAUCUGGCCCUGAGGCCUGGGACCGUGUCUGGCUACGAGAUCAAGGGCCCACGGGCCAAGGUGGCCAAGCUGAACAUCCAGAGUCUGUCCCCCGUGAAGAAGAAGAAGAUGGUGGUGCCUGGGGCCCUGGGGGCCCCUGCAGACUUGGCCCCUGUUGACGUCGAAUUCUCCUUCCCCAAGUUCUCCCGUCUGCGUCGGGGCCCCAAAACCGAGGCUGCCAAGGGUCCUGUCCCAGCCGCUCCCACCCGCCGGCGCCUCCAGCUACCUCGGUUGCGAGUCCGAGAAGUGGCCGAAGGGGCCCAGGCAGCCCUGCUGGCAGCCACCGCUCCUCCCCCCCGGAAGGCCAAAGCAGAAGCUGAGGUGGCGGCAGGGGCUCGUUUCACAGCACCCCAGGUGGAGCUGGUUGGGCCAAGGCUGCCAAGCACAGAGGUGGGUGUCCCCCAGGUCCCAGCCCCCAAGGGACGGGGAGAGGGGGCCCCAGCAGCAGAAGCAGCCGCUGGCUUUGCCCUGCACCUGCCAACCUUUGGGCUGGGAGCCCCUGCUGCACCUGCUGUGGAGCCUGCGGCCGUAGGGAUUCAGGUUCCCCAAGUGGAGCUGCCCGCCUUGCCCUCACUGCCCACUCUGCCCACACUACCUUGUCUGGAGACCCGAGAAGGGGCUGCAGCGGCACUGACGGUUCCCACGCUGGAUGUGGCAGCGCCUGCCGUGGGGGUGGACCUGGCCUUACCAGGCACAGAAGUGGAGGCCCGAGAAGAGGUGCCUGAGGUGGCCCUGAAGAUGCCCCGCCUCAGUUUCCCCCGCUUCGGGGCUCGAGCAAAGGAAGUAGCUGAGGUCAAGGUGGCCAAGGGCAGCCCUGAGGCCAGGGUGAAGGGCCCUAGACUCCGAAUGCCCACCUUCGGGCUUUCUCUCCUGGAACCCCGGCCCGCUGCCCCUGAAGCCGCCGUGGAGAGCAAGCUGAAGCUGCCCACCAUCAAGAUGCCCUCCUUUGGCAUCGGGGUCUCAGCACCUGAGGUCAAGGUGCCCAAGGUCCCUGAAGUCAAGCUCCCGAAAGUGCCCGAGGCAGCCCUUCCAGAAAUGCAACUCCGAGAGAUGGCGUUUCCAAAAGUGCCAGAGAUGAAACUCCCAAAGGUGCCGGAGAUGGUCGUGCCCGAGGUGCGGCUUCCGGAGGUCCAGCUGCCGAAGGUCUCUGAGAUGAAGCUCCCCGAGAUGAAAGUCCCCACGAUGAAAGUCCCUGAGGCGAAAGCCCCGAAGGUGCCAGAGAUGAAGCUCCCGGACAUGAAGCUCCCGAAGGUGCCUGAGAUGGCCGUGCCCGAGGUGAGGCUCCCAGAGGUGCAGCUGCCGAAAGUGUCGGACAUGAAGCUCCCCAAGGUGCCCGGGAUGGCCGUGCCCGAAGUGCCCCUCCCAGAGGUGCAGCUGCCCAAAGUGUCGGACAUGAAGCUCCCCAAGGUGCCAGGGAUGGCUGUGCCCGAUGUUCCGCUCCCAGAGGUGCAGCUGCCCAAAGUGUCGGACAUGAAGCUCCCCAAGGUGCCUGAGAUGGCUGUGCCUGAUGUGCGACUCCCAGAGGUGCAGCUGCCCAAAGUGUCAGAGAUGAAGCUCCCCAAGGUGCCUGAGUUGGUCGUGCCCGAUGUGCCCCUCCUGGAGGUACAGCUGCCGAAAGUGUCAGACAUGAAGCUUCCCAAAGUGCCUGAGAUGGCUGUGCCCGAUGUGCCCCUCCCGGAGGUACAGCUGCCCAAAGUGUCAGAGAUGAAGCUCCCCAAGGUGCCUGAGUUGGUCGUGCCCGAUGUGCCCCUCCCGGAGGUGCAGCUGCCCAAAGUGUCAGAGAUGCGACUGCCGGAAAUGCAGGUGCCGAAGGUCCCAGAGGUGCAGCUUCUGAAAGCACCCGAAGUGAAGCUGCCCAAGGCCCCAGAGGUGCAGCCCAAAGCUGGCAGAGCAGAGAAGGCAGAGGGGAUGGAAUUUGGCUUCAAGAUGCCCAAGAUGACCCUGCCCAAGCUGGGGAGGGCAGUGUCCCCGUCAAGAGGCAAGCCAGGCGAGGAAAGGGCUGAAGUUUCAGGGAAGCUGGUGACACUUCCCUGUCUGCAGCCAGAGGUGGACCGCGAGGCACAGGUGGGUGUCCCCUCGCUCACGCUGCCCUCGGUGGAGCUGGACCUGCCAAGGGGACUCAGCCUGGAGGGGCAGGUCCCAGAGGCCAAAGCGGGCAAGGUGGACUGGGCAGAAGGCAAGGUGGCAGCAGGGGCCGGGGAAGGGGCCUUCCGGGUGCCCUCUGUUGAGCUCGUCACUCCACAGCUGCCCACGGUGGAAGGCGAGGAAGGGCGGGCAGAGGUGAUGGAGAUGAAGGUCAGACCUACCUCCAAGUUCUCCCUGCCCAAGUUUGGACUCUCGGGGCCAAAGGUGGCCAAGGCAGAGGCCGAGGGGGCCGGGCGAGCCCCCAAGCUGAAGGUGUCGAAGUUCGCCAUCUCACUCCCCAAGGCUCGGGUGGGAACUGAGGCUGAAGCUAAAGGGGCGGCGGGGGAGGCAGGCCUGCUGCCGGCCCUCGAUCUGUCCAUCCCGCAGCUCAGCCUGGAUGCCCAUCUGCCCACAGGCAAGGCGGAGGUGGCAGGGGCUGAUUUAAAGCUCAAGGGGCCCAGGCUCACCCUGCCCAAGUUUGGGGUCAGGGUCCGGGACACGGAGGCGGGAGAACUGGUGCCCGGGGCGGCUGAGCUGGACGGCAAGGGCUGGGGUUGGGACGGGAGGGUGAAGAUGCCCAAACUGAAGAUGCCCUCCUUUGGGCUGGCUCGAGGGAAGGAGGUAGAAAUCCAGGGUGAGCGUGUCAGCCCCGGGGAAAAGGCAGAGUUUGUGGCUGGUCAGCUUAAGAUCCCCGAGGUGGAGCUGGUCACGCUGGGGGCCCAGGGGGAAGUGGGGGCGGAAGGCGGGGCGGCCGUCAGUGGGGCACGGUUGCCAAGCCUGCAAGUGUCCGCGACCAGGCAGACAGGCCCUGAGGGCCGGGAGGGGGCCCUGAGGAUGCCCCUGGGCAUCUCCCUGCCCCAGGUGGAGCUGACCAACUUCAGUGAGAUGGGCCUGGGCGCCACCUCAGGGCAGGAGGUCAAGAGCGCGGUCCUUUCGGCAGAAGACACGGCAGGCUACAGGGUCCAGGUGCCUCAGGUGACCUUGUCUCUGCCCGGAGCCCAGGUGGCAGGUGGUGAGCUGUUGGUGGGAGAGGGUGUCUUCAAGAUGCCUGCCGUGUCCGUGCCCCAGCUUGAGCUGGACGUGGGGCUGCACCGGGAGGCACAGGUGGGCGAGGCAGUCACGGGCGAAGGUGGGCUAAAGCUGAAGAUGCCCUCACUGGGGGCCAGAGCUGGCGCUGGCAUUGAGGGACCUGGGGACCAGCCUGCAGGGGUCCAACGCACCUUCCACCUCUCACUGCCCGACGUGGAGAUCGCGCCGCCCGCCGUGGGCAGCCACGCCGAGUACCAGGUGGUGGAGGGCGAGGGGGAGGCGGGACCCAAGCUCAAGGUGCGGCUGCCCCGGCUCGGCCUGGUGCGGGCCAGGGAGGGGGCUGAGGAGGGCGACAAGGCCAAGAGCCCGAAACUCAGACUGCCCCGUGUGGGCUUCAGCCAGAGCGAGGCUGUCACUGGUGAGGGCUCCCCGAGCCCCGAGGAGGAGGAGGAAGAGGAGGGGGGUGGAGAAGGGGCCUCUGGUCGCCGAGGCCGCCUCCGAGUUCGCUUGCCCCGUGUGGGCCUCUCCACUUCCUCCAAGGCCUCUCGGGGGCAGGAGGGUGAGGCAGCCUCCAAGUCCCCCAAGUUCCGUUUCCCCAGGGUGUCCCUGAGCCCCAAGGCUCGGAGUGGGAGCAGGGACCGGGAAGAGGGCGGAUUCCGGGUCCGACUGCCCAGCGUGGGGUUCACGGAGGCGGGGGCUCCAGGCCCGGCCAGGAUGGAAGGGGUUCAGACUGCGGCCAUCUGAAGCUCCUGGGCAGAGGGGGACUCCGCUCCUGUCUUCCCAUCCCCACCCCUUGUUUUGUGUGUGAAGUAACCAGCACUAACCCUCAGAGGGCCGGGGAGGAGGUGACUGUUGGGGGAGGGCCGGGAGGCCUCGAGGCGGCUCGGCGAGAGUGCCUGUGUCU